AUGGAUGUAAGAUUUUAUCCGACCGCUGGUGGGAGUUCUAUUCCAGGAGAUCCCCCCAACCUGGAUUUUGCCCAUUGUUUGGGCUACUACAACUUCAACAAGUUCCAGAAUAACAACAACUACAUGAACAUGGCCGAGGCGAAUGGCGCCCUACUCGCUGCUGGGGAUACUUUCCACACACCCAGCCUGGGGGACGAGGAGUUUGAGAUCCCCCCCAUCACACCACCUCCUGAGACAGAGCCCGGUCUGGGACCAGAAGUGGACUCGCCAUACCCGGCAAUGCCAGAGCCCCCAGCUCCACACAGGGGUCCCAUAAUCCCCCAGUUCCCCCCACAGAGCCUGGAUCUGCCCUCGAUUACCAUCUCACGCAACAUGAUGGACCAAGAAGGGGUGUCUGUCAACAAUGGCCAGCCUGUGAAUGUUGGACCGGGACACCUACGUCAGUACCAGUCCAACCCAUCCAUGGUGAUGAAGUCCAUCAUAAGCAUGAACAACCCCAACGGUAUGAUGGCCCGGAAUCAGCUAACCACUAUCAACCAAUCCCAGCUCAGCACACAGCUGAGCUUAAACAUGGCGGGAUCCAACAUUGCCCACACUUCCCCCUCACCACCUGCCAGCAAGUCUGCUACACCUUCCCCUUCCAGCUCUAUCAAUGAGGAUGACCAGGACGACGGCAACAGGGUCAUCGGGGAGAAGCGACCAGCCCCAAUAGAUCCCGCAAAGAAGCCCAAGACUCCCAAAAAGAAAAAGAAGAAGGAUCCCAAUGAGCCCCAAAAGCCAGUGUCCGCCUAUGCCCUGUUCUUCAGAGACACCCAGGCUGCUAUCAAGGGUCAGAACCCCAACGCCACCUUUGGAGAAGUGUCCAAGAUUGUGGCUUCCAUGUGGGAUGGCCUGGGAGAAGAACAAAAACAGGUUUAUAAAAGCAAAACAGAAGCCGCCAAGAAAGAAUAUUUGAAAGCCCUUGCUGCAUACCGUGCUAGUCUGGUUUCCAAGGCUGCGGCAGAAUCGGCCGAGGCUCAGACUAUCCGGACGGUGCAGCAGACCCUGGCCUCCACCAGCCUGUCCCCUGGCCUGGUGCUACCUUCUCCCCUCAACCAGCACCCAUCCAUGCCAUCGGCCUCCCAGGCCCUGCAGCAAGCCCUGCCGCGGGCCAUCGCCCCCAAACCUCUGCAGAUGAGACUAGGAGGCAGCCAGAUCGUGACCUCGGUGACAGUUUCCCACCCGAACAUGUCCUCCGGGAUGCCGCAGCAGCUGCUCGGCCAGAUGGGUUCCGGAGGGUCCAUGGUGUCGGGCGCCCAGUCCGCGGCGGCGUCUCAGAUGAGCCCUCCCAUGCAGCCGGUGCAGCAGCACGCCAUGCAGCAGCUCCAGCAGCAGCAGCAGCAGAUGCAGCAGCACCUGCAGCACCACCAGAUGCAGCAGCAGCAGAUGCACCACCAGCAGAUUCAGCAGCAGAUGCAGCAUCAGCAUUUCCAGCACCACCUCCAGCAGCAGCUGCAGCAGCACCACCUGCAGCAGCAGCAGCAGCAGCAGCAGCACAUGCAGCUGCAGCACAUGCAGAUGCAGCACCAGCUGCACCAGCAGCAGAUCCAGCACCUCCAGCAGCACCAGGCCCAGUGUUCCCCCCCGCAGCACUCUCCCGGCACGCCCCACUCAGUGGGAGGCUCCGCAUCUCUGGGCAGCCCCCAGCCAGCACCCCAGCAGCAGCCGCACCCCUCCCAGAUCCAGGCCCACGCCCAGGUCCUGUCCCAGAUGUAA